CCCUUGUCUUCCUCUUUCCAUUCCAUCGGUUGCUUUGUUCCACUCCCUCCAUCCUCUGUUUCUCUCUGCCUCUGUCUCUUCCUCUGUCUCGUAAAUUUCCUCGAAAAAAUCCUAUCGCUUCAGUCCAGAGGCAGAGAUUCGAGGCGCGCAAUUCAAGGAACUCCUUCUUUUUCUUCUUUUCCCCUCUUCUUCCCCAGAUUUCCCUUUUUCUCAGGUCUCUCCUUUCCUACCCUGAAAUUUCCCAUUUUCUCGGCAACCAAACAUGAUCUCCACCUCCUUCAACCAGCCGCAUCUCCGUUUCCCCUCCUUAACUCACGAAAAGAACACCAACCAUCUUCGACCCAAUCGCAACCGAUUCAUACCCAGAAUCCGGAUCCCGCCGAAUUCAUCUCUCGAAUGCAAUUGCCGGCGGGAAAAUCGAUUCUCCGACCCGGGUCGGCAGGGGAAUAAUAAAAGACCCGACCUUUCCGUUCGCUACGCCACAGCGGAGUGCCUCACCGCAGCGAUUUCCGAGCCCGGGCUCCUGGGCGACCGGCUCCGGGUCUUGGUUUCGGAGUUCGGGUCGUUGACGGAGCCGCUGGAUCGGGUCAGGCGGCUCCUCGACUAUGCGGGCCGGCUCCCGCCGUUUGACGAAUCGAGUCGGGUCGAAUCCAACCGGGUCGGGGGCUGCACGACCCAGGUCUGGCUGGAGGUCGAAUUGGACGAAGAGGGGAACGCGAGGUUUCGGGCGGACAGCGAUUCGGAGAUUACAAAAGGGUUUAUCUCGUGUUUGGUCUGGCUGCUCGACGGCGCGGCGCCGGAGGAAGUGGCGGCGGUGGAGGCAGAGGAUUUGGAAGUGAUGAACGUUGGGUUCAACGGGAGAACUCCGUCCAGGGUAAAGACGUGGCACAAUGUUUUGGCAGCUAUGCAGAAGAGGGCCUUGGCUUUGAGUAAUAAGAAGAAGAGGAAGAUGAAGAAGAAACCAUUGAUUGUACCGCCGAUUCUGCCUCUCAUCGUCGCGGCGGAGGCACUCGCCGGUAAUCUUCCCAAUUCCCAGGUAGUAGAUCACAUAUAGCAGGAAAAACCAAAAAGAGGGUUUUGUCCCAUUUGACUUAAAGUUUGGUUCUUUGGUGGCAAACAAACUAAAACUAGACGCCACAAGCUAUUUGGAACCAAGUAAUCAAGGUCCCAAAUUUGGAGGAAGAAUUGUGGCAGAAGUCCUUAACCUCUUACUACUGCAUUUGCCAGCUUUGAAAGAAGCUAAUUUCAUCAGCAGGGCAUCGAUUUGUCGGUACUUAUAAGAUCGAUCUAGCCUCGAAAGUCUGCACCAUAAUCCCGUAAGAACAAACACUAAGCAGCCUUAGUGCAUUGCUGCCUCCAAGUGAUUGAUUGAAGACAUUAGGAUACAGAGAAUGUAUUUAUCAAAUAGGUGGCUUUGUAGAUGAUAGAAGUGUACUGAUAGGAAAUUAUUAGAACCUUUGCCAUCUUAGUUGUAAUUUGAUAGGUUUCAGUUUACUCAAGGUUGGUAUUUUCAGUGAUGUUGAAGCCAUUAGUUUCUUUCACUCUUUUCUCAUAAGUUUCAAUUGUGUAUCUUAUAUUUUUCCGUGUGCUUCUGUUAACCAUUGACUUCUUUAUGAUGCCCUCCUUCAUUGUUGCUGCAUGAAUUGGCUUGGAAGAACUGAUUUCGGUUUGGAAAUUUAUUGUUUCGGUUUGCAGUUGGCUUAUAACAUAAAAUAGAAUAAAGAAUUUGAUCAUGU